UUCACAUCAAUCAUAUUUCUGGGAAAUUUUUCUUCAACCAAUAUCACUGCCAAUUAAUAAAUGAUCAAUAUUGAAAUUCUUUUUGGAAAACAAUGAAUACAAGAGGACAAGCAGAAACUAGUCAAUUAAGAGCUAAUCUUGAAUGUCAACUUGAUCGUUUGGUUGCACAAUUAGCUGAUCUUGAAGCUUGCAAAAAUGAUCUUGAUAUCGAUGAAUAUGAAGAAACAAAAACCGAAACUAUUGAACAAUUAAAAGAAUUUAAUGAUUCAUUAAUUAAAUUUAAAAAAGGCGAUAUCACCUUGAUCGAUGAGAUUAGUUCAUUUCAAUUGGCCAUACAGGCAGCUAUUAGUAAUGCAUUUCGUACACCAGAAAUUAUUCGAUUAUUUGCCAAAAAACAGCCCACACAAUUAAGACUUAAGCUAGCCGAUAUUGAACGUGAUCAUAAAAUUGGUACAUUGUCAAAAGAAUCGUAUGAUUUACAGAAGACCGAAAUAUUGGCUGCUCUGCAAAGAUUGGACGAUAAACUUUCAAUUGAUGAGAAACUUUUUCUUCAGAAUAAUACAACCGAUUCAUUACGAGAAUUUAGCCGGAUACAGCAACAAGAAACCGUUUCUGAACAAAAUUUAUCAAAGAUUUUAAAAUGAAAUCAACUUUGAUGCCAUCAUUUAUUUUAUUUGAUUUUAUUAUUAUUAUUUAUCUUUUAAGUUUGUAUAGAGCUG